GAUAAUUUACCAAUAUGCAACAAAUUGAAGUAUUAGAAAAUAGAUUACGUGAGCUAGAACAUUUAGUGUUUGGAGUUAAUAAGCCUGUGAAGAAGCAUGUACCAAGUGAACAAGAAAAGAAUUUAGUUGAUCAGCUGUACACGUUGUACUCUGCAAUGUCGACAGCUGAAAAACGUCCAGUCAGUGGGAAAUUAUUGUCGAGGGGUAAGAAUGGUGUUAUUGUAGUAUUUUAAAUGACUGUAUGUGUGUGUAUAUAUUCAAUUCGUAUAGUUAACGAGAUACAAAAGUACACCGAUCCAAAUUUUAUGGAAGACGAUGUCCUGUUGACCAUGUCAAAGAUUGAAAUCAUUUUAGCUCAAGAAGAGCUAAUAAAGAAAAUUGGAAGUGAUUUGGAAAAAAUUUCAAAGCUCCGGGAUUGUUUAAAUCAUCCAGCAUUCAGUGAUAUAAGCACAUUGAAGAAGAAGUUUGAAGAAUUGCGUAUUGUCUACAAUGAACAAAGUGAUGUGUCGCAGCAGUUGAUAUCAGAUACUCAGGAUUUAGUGAAUACCUAUCAAAGUUUCGUACUUGAUGCAUCUAAAUUAUUCCUAUAUUGGAAUCAACGUAUUGCAGAGUUAGAAACAUCCUCGUGAAGUAGUGCAUCAUCACCAUUAUCAUCAUGAUUUAAAAGGUAUCCUGUUACAAGCUGCCAUCUAAUAUUUUGAUCAAUAUUCAUUGUUAUUCAAUUUGUUAUUAUUUUAUUGUUUCUGGUAACUUUGUAAAGGAUUAAAAAAGGUGGGGUGGGGGAGAACGAGGGGUCUUGUUGUACCUUUAACUUUCUUUGUGUAAAUCUUUGUGGCAAGUGAAGAGAGG